AUGCAAAGACUUAAACGUAGGAAACUUAACAACUUUGUUCACAAAAUGAAAACCCCAAAGGGCCCAGUUACUUUUGAUCCAGACAGAAUAGCCUCUCUUUUUAGGAACUUUUAUGAAUCUCUCUAUAACCUACACCCCUUGUCUCAGACUAAUAGUGUCCCGGAAGCUGUUCCUGAUCAUUUGUCCUUCCUAAAAGGCCUUGACCUCCCACAGCUAUCGGUCCCAGAUAGGCUUCAUCUUUCUGCCCCUUUUACCCCAGAAGAACUGUUAAAGGCCAUCAGAGAAUCCCCAAAAGGAAAAUGCCCUGGCCCGGACGGGCUACCCAUCCCCUACUAUGAUACUUUCCACGAUAUAUUAAUCCCUCACUUAUUACCUAUUUUCAAUGCAUCUCUGCAGGGUGUCCCUUUAACCGGAGAUAUGACCAGAGCGACUAUCACAGUGAUUCCUAAAGACGGUAAGGACCACACUCUUUGCCCUAAUUUCAGGCCCAUCUCAUUACUCAAUAUAGACUUGAAGCUGUUGGCUAAACUCCUUGCCAACAGACUAGCUAAAUUCCUCCCAAACUUGAUCCAUAGAGAUCAAGUAGGUUUCAUCAAACACAGAGAAGGGAAGGACAAUACAGCUAGGGUGCUUAACAUUCUUCAUUUCGUCAAGAAACGGGCUCUGCCCCUGGUCCUUCUCAGCACAGACGCUGAGAAGGCCUUUGAUAGAGAGAACAAUCUGACUGCAGUAAUUGAGUUUUUCCUCUUAGGCUUUCAAGUCAGCCAAUGUUUAAGAAUUUUCCUGUUCUGUCUUCUCCUGGUGGUUUACUGUGGGACAAUAUGUGGGAACCUCCUGAUCAUCAUCCUGGUAUCCAUCAGCAAGAACCUCCACACUCCAAUGUACUUCUUCAUCUCACAAUUGUCCAUUAGUGACAUCUUAUUGACCACAGAUAUUGUUCCCAACCUGCUCUACAUCCUACUGAAUAAUGGGGCAACCAUUACUUUUAUUGACUAUAUUACUCAGUUUUAUUUCUUUGCUGGUACAGAAACAUUUGAAUGUCUUCUUCUUACAGUGAUGUCUUAUGACAGAUAUGUGGCCAUAUGUAAUCCUCUCCGUUAUACUUCUAUCAUGACCAGUGGACAUUGUGUGAUUUUGACCAUCUUCUGUUGGUUGCUUGGGUUUUCUAGUGUUUUGCUUUACAUCAUAACAAUUCAAAAGCUAAAUUUUUGUGGCCCAAACAUCAUUGACCAUUUAUUCUGUGAUCUUCUUCCCUUAUUAGACCUUGCCUGUUCUGACACUUAUCUUGUUUACCUUGAAAUGUAUUUACUAAGUAUUACAACCAUCUUCAUCCCAACCACAAUCAUUGUAGUGUCUUAUACUAAUAUCAUUUUAGCAGUCUUAAGGAUCCCAUCCAGUACUGGUAGACAAAAAGCCUUCUCCACCUGCAGCUCCCACCUCAUUGUGGUCUCCAUCUUCUACUGGACAAUAUUUAUUGUUUAUGUUGUCCCAACAAAAGUCCUAACGCUCUCCACAAGUAAAAUCCUUUCUCUUCUUUAUACUGUAUUUACUCCUUUCAUAAAUCCCAUCAUAUACAGUCUGAGAAAUAAAGACAUUAGGAAAGCUGUGCAGGAAAUAUCUCAUAAGUUUUCUCUAUACAACACUGUUUUUUCACUGUAG